GGUGCGCGCGAGGAACGGCCGGAAGUGAUGGACCGCGUGACAGGAAGCGACUGAAGUGUCAUGGCGGCGCCCUGAGGUUACCGGGCAACGGUGGGCGGGAGUGAGUGUGUGUGUGUGUGAGGCCGGAGGCGCUUCACUGGGAGCCGCGGGCCGUGGGCACGGAGAGGCCGGCAGGAUGAAGACGGUGCUGAUGGUGGCCGAGAAGCCCUCUUUGGCUCAUUCCAUCGCCAAGAUCCUUUCGCGGGGUAACAUGUCUUCGCGGAAGGGGUUGAAUGGCGCGUGCUCUGUGCAUGAGCACACUGGCACAUUCCAAGGGCAAAGUGUUCAUUUCAAGGUGACUUCAGUCUGCGGUCAUGUCAUGACUCUAGAUUUCAUAGGCAAAUAUAAUAAUUGGGACAAGGUUGAUCCAGCAGAACUUUUCAGCAAAGCACCAACAGAGAAGAAAGAAGCUAACCCAAAACUCAACAUGGUCAGAUUUCUACAGGUAGAGGGGAGAGGCAUCGACUACAUUGUGCUGUGGCUGGAUUGCGACAAGGAAGGUGAAAAUAUCUGCUUUGAGGUCCUCGAUGUUGUUCAACCAGUAAUGAAUGUUUCUCGUGGGAACGAGAGGACUGUUUACCGGGCAAAAUUCAGUGCUAUAACAGACACCGACAUCAACAACGCCAUGAACCGACUGGGAGAGCCAAACCGCAAUGAGGCUCUGUCAGUGGAUGCACGUCAGGAGCUGGACCUGCGAGUGGGAUGUGCUUUUACAAGGUUUCAGACUAAGUACUUCCAGGGUAAAUAUGGUAAUUUGGACAGCUCCCUCAUAUCAUUUGGACCUUGUCAAACCCCAACCCUCGGCUUUUGUGUGGAGAGACAUGACAAAAUCCAGUCUUUUAAGCCAGAAGCCUACUGGGUGCUGCAAGCAAAGGUCAGUGAUUCUGAGGGAAAUUCCAUCAUCUUGGACUGGGAUAGAGUCCGAGUGUUUGACCGAGAAGUUGCGCAGAUGUAUCUAAAUAUGACAAAAACUGCAAGAGAGACUAAGGUGGAGUGUGUGAGUAAAAAGGAGAAGGUGAAGCAGAGACCACAGGCCCUGAACACUGUGGAGAUGCUGCGAGUAGCCAGCUCUGCUCUGGGGAUGGGCCCACAGCACACAAUGCAAAUAGCUGAGAAACUCUACACCCAGGGCUACAUCAGCUACCCCCGAACAGAGACUACCCAAUAUCCCGAGUCCUUCGACCUGAAAGGCACACUGCGGCAGCAGGCCAACAACCCCUUCUGGAGUGACGUGGUGAAGGCAUUGCUCACUGAUGGCAUCAAUCGGCCCCGGAAAGGCCAGGACGUUGGUGACCACCCUCCCAUCACACCCAUGCGCUCGGCGUCAGAGAGUGAAUUAGGUAGCGAUGGCUGGAGACUGUACGAAUACAUCACCAGGCACUUCAUUGCCACAAUUAGCCCCGACUGCAAGUACCUCCAAACCACCAUCUCAUUCUGCCUGAACGAGGAACAUUUCACAUGCUCAGGGAAAACUCUGAUUUCACCUGGUUACACUCUGGUAAUGCCAUGGCAGAACAUGGAGGAAGAAAUACUUCCAGUGUGUGCGCGAGGGGAUGUGUUUACUAUGGAUGAGAUUAAGUUGUUGGAGAAACAGACACAUCCACCUGACUACCUCACCGAAGCGGAACUGAUAACCCUGAUGGAAAAGCACGGCAUUGGAACGGAUGCCAGUAUCCCCGUACAUAUCAAUAAUGUUUGCCAACGCAAUUAUGUGACUGUCGAGAGUGGUCGCAGGCUGAAACCUACCAACCUUGGCAUCGUCCUUGUUCAUGGUUAUUACAAAAUCGACCAAGAACUGGUGCUUCCCACCAUCCGCAGUGCUGUUGAGAAGCAGCUGAGCCUGAUUGCUAUGGGCAAGGUGGAUUUCUCCCAGGUCCUGGAACAUGCCCUGAAUAUUUUCAAGAGGAAGUUCCAUUAUUUUGUAGACUCUAUAGCAGGUAUGGAUGAAUUAAUGGAGGUGUCGUUUUCUCCCAUUGCUGAAACGGGGAAGCCUUUGUCCCGUUGUGGCAAAUGUCAUCGUUUCAUGAAGUACAUACAGGCGAAACCAAGUCGAAUGCACUGUUCUCACUGCGAUGAGACUUACAGUCUGCCCCAGAACGGAACCAUUAAACUCUACAAAGAGCUGCGUUGUCCACUGGAUGAGUUUGAGCUGGUUCUCUGGUCUUCCGGGUCCAGAGGCAAGAGUUAUCCACUGUGUCCGUAUUGCUACAAUCACCCCCCAUUCCGAGACAUGAGGAAAGGGAUGGGUUGUAAUGAAUGCACACAUCCAACCUGUCAGCACUCUCUCAGCCUGCUGGGGAUCGUGCAGUGCGUUGAGUGUGAGAGUGGCGUGUUGGUCCUGGACUCCACCUCAGGUCCCAAGUGGAAGAUGGCUUGCAACAAAUGCAACGUGGUCGUCCACUUCUUCGAAAAUGCUCACAGGGUAAAGGUGUCGUCUGAAACCUGUGAGAUCUGCGAGGCUGCGAUUGUGGACGUGGACUUCAACAAGACCAAGACGCCGCUGCCCGAUGAGGCCACACAGCACUCGGGCUGCGUCUUCUGCGAUCCCGUGUUCCAGAACCUGGUGGAGCUCCAGUACGCCAAGAUGAAACACCCGAUGCACAGGGGCGGCGGAGGGCAGGGCCGCAGGCGAGGGAGGGGAAGAGGACGCAGAGCCCCGGGGAGAAACAAUCCCAAAAAACCCAAGGACAAAAUGGCGGCACUCGCUGCUUAUUUUGUGUAGAUGUGAACGUGGCUUUUGAGCAGCCUGCAGUUUGUCGCUGGGCUACAAAAUGGGGAGCGGAAAUGCUUUCUGAGAAGAUGGGGAGGAGGAGAAGGGAAAGGUUAUAUUUUCCAAGUUGUGGCACAGAACAUAGUGAUUUUUUUGUUAAAAAAAAGAGAACGGCUGGAAGUGUUUGAAGAGUUUGUCGCCCGUUUUGUCUCUGCCCCGCCACGCUCCGAGUGUAACAGAGCCUCCAUUGGAUUGGGGCGGUGGGAGUAGAAAGAAACAGGCUUAUCAAUGCAAUCAAAAUGUGAGUGUUAAUCUGGGACAUGGUCUAAAGAAGUGCUGUUGCCUGUAAAUUCCAGUGGGAGUUUAUGUCUGCAGUAUUUCGAGCACUAAUUGUAAUCGGUUCAGAAAUGGGACAAACCAGUUGAAAUCAAGCAUAUCCAUUUAUUUGCAAAACAAAACGUAUUUGAUCUAA